AUCUACCUCAGGGCCUUCCUUUUGUUGUCACCGUUCAACCUUGUCACGAAGUUUCGGGCGUGAGAUGAACGGCGCCCUGUCAGGUCGGGGCCGAGAGAGAGAACGCGCCAAUCGUGAGUCAAGGACACGAGCCGUUGCCGCCGAAGGUCUCGGCUGACGUUGCCGGGCGCCGCUUUUUGUUUUCCCCAAAGCGGGAGACGAGAGUCGUGCCUUCCCGGCGACAACUGCUUUGGCUCUUGCGCCCUAUUAGCCGGCGACUCCCCGUUCUGGCCCUGCGCCUCUUCUCCCCCCCCCCCCCACUUCCCCGUCCGUCAAGGCAGAGCCGGGUGGGAGCGUGUUCGGCUGGGGCACGAAGAAUACGCGCAGGAGGGCCGUUUUAUGUCAUCCUGUCUCCGGGAAGAUCUGAUUUUUGAGGCUGACUAUGGACCUUCUACCUUCUAGCAAGCUGAGGUUGUCAAAUUACAAAUUACUGAAGGAUUUACUUUAUUCUAGAUGAUCUGCUGGAUUAAACAUCUAUUUAGAGUGAUAUUUAUGCAAGUUGGGUUAAUUAUGGAAUCAUUGCUUUGGUCAAAUAAAACUUAUGGCCCAAACAGAAGUAUUGUAAGAAAAAUUGGCUCCAACCUUUCUCUGAUACAGUGUCCAAGGGUUCAGUUUCAGCUUACUUCUCAGCCUGCAGAAAGCACUCAAUCUUACCAACUAAAAGAAGAUGCAGUAGUUUCCCUUGUAGAUGUAGGGUGGGUUGCUGAAGAAGAUAAUGAAGGAGACAAAGUCUAUACACGGUUCCGAUCAGAAGGCUGGUCAAAAUCCCAACCAUUUCUUAAAAGUGAAGGCUCUUCAGGAAGAGAUUCAAGUACUAAAGAAUUGUUGCCCAAGAAAUCACAAGAAAUGGAAGAUUCCAAAACUGCAGUAGCCAAAAAUGACGAAGCAUUGCAGAAAAUAAAUAUAUUGGAAAAUGAGCUUGCUAAUUUAAGAGCACAAAUAGCCAAAAUUGUGAGCCUACAAGAACAAAAUUUGGCAGCAGCUGGAAUAGGUUCUUCUGCAUCCCUUUCUGACUUACCGUCACCACCACCGCCACCGCCUCCACCCCUACCACCGCCGCCACCACCACUUCAGCAGAGUGUUUCUGCCAUUGACCUUAUUAAAGAGCGCAAAGGCAAAAGAAUAAAUUCUGGCACAACUCUGAUAGAUGGUGAUCCAAAGAAGCUUGAAAUGCCAAACAUGCUAGAUAUUCUGAAAGACAUGAACAAUGUAAAGCUGCGCUCAGUGAAAAGGCCGGAGGAAAGCACUAUAAGGAAAACUGCUGAUCCAACAGAUCCUGCUGCAGUAAUAGCUGAAGCUCUUAAAAAGAAAUUUGCAUAUCGAUACCGUAGUGACAGUUCAAGUGAAAGUGAUAAACAGAUUUCAACUUCUGAAACAAAUCUGUUUGGCCCACACCUGCUGAAACCUACAGGAAAAAUGAAGAAUCUAAUUGAAAAUUGUUAAAUAGAAAAAUCAUGCUUCAGUAUAAAAGGACUGUCUCAACAGUUUUGAAAAUUAGAUUUAUAAUUUUACAAUACUGAGUUAUGUGCCUUGCUUCCAUGAACAAGUUUAUAAAUGAAAAAAUUACCAUGUUCUAGCACAGGUUUUAGUAUUUAUGUACAUGCUGCAUUUGGCUAACACUAAGUUAUAAAUGUUACUCUUAAACAUGUGAAUGCAAUUAUAGUUUAAAUUAUAGCUCUGAUGUAAUAAUUGGAAUAUAAUAGCAGGACAUAUUUUGCCUGUAUUGACAUCUCAUUUUGAACUUGAAGUAGACUUCACUGGAGCCUCUUUUCUUUCUAUAGGGUGAAGGUAACAAGACUUAAGAAUUUUAUUAUUCAGCAAAAUUGGUAAAUUUAAAGCAAAUGCUGCAUUGGAGGUAUAUUUAUAUAGAAGAAACUAGCCAAAGCUUGAUCUUGUUUUUAGAUAGGAUGAAACACUAUAAUUGCACAUUCAUUCUAUGCACAUAUAAUGAGCAUAUCAACAGCUACUAAUGAAACUUAAUAGUUAGCAUUGUUGACCUCCUUCAUAGACCUUCAGACCUGCUUAUUCAUAAGCUCUUGUUGAACUGAAUUGCAGAUAAUAACUGUCAAAUAAGUUAGAAAAUAAUUUGAGAUUGGAAAAAACAAAAACAUUGAAGACCAGCUUUCCUGCUGAGUAAAAUAUUUUACUUCUUGAACAGAAUAUUUUGUCAUUAUUUUGUCAUCUUGUGCAGUAUUUGCAAACUGCUGAAUGAUUCAGUGUGACAAGGAAAUGUGCUUUAUCUACGAAUGAGAUUGAGCAAAUUUAAGCUAAAUGUCAUGAAAUGCUUGAAAGCUUUCAUUUUGAAAUUUGUUCAAAUAUGAAAAUGUUUUUAAUUUGAUCAGGUAAAAUUGCUCCCAGAUACUUUAAUGUUUAUUAUCAUAUAGUUACAUCAGUAUUUUUAAACUUUUCCAACA